AUGCCCCUUCUAUCCCCAGACCUCGGGUGUCCCCCUCCACGCCGACAUUCCAAAGUCAGAGAUAUGCUAAUGCGUGGGAAAGACGACACACUGGUUGCUUCAUGGAAGCUGCUUCUAGAACAGCUCAGAUCUGAGAUCGAGCUCACCCUUAGGGCUGGACCAGCAAUCUUCCCUUCGCUCCAUUUCGACGAUCUCAAGAAUAAAUCCCGGGCCAAGGACUUCUCCUGUCAGCUUCGGAGAAGUGGCGGAGGUGUAUUACGUGGAGUAAUCUCCGAGAGCGAAGCUAGAACAUGGAAUAGCGAGCUUCAGGCUUACCUCGCAGGCGACGAUUCACUUGCCAGCAGUUCUGCACAGGACCCUCAACUCUACGAUGUCUACUGGUCUCCAGCGCAGGUCAAAUGCAGAGCCCACCCAAAUAUCCUCGCUUCACAAAAGUUUCUGAUGAGUAUUUGGAGCUCGUCCAAUCACACGGCCGGCAUUUCGCACAAUUUCCCCCUCAGCUAUGCAGACCGUAUCCGCUAUAGGAAAUCCUCAGACUCGAGCUUUCUUUUGAGGUCUUCCAUAGAAGGAGACAGUGCUGAUCGCUGGUGCCCAGAUGAUUCUCGUGAAGCAUUCACUUAUAAGAAAAUCUGGGAGGGGAACUGGCAAAAUUACGACCCGUGGGACAGCACCACGAGGAUCCAGACCCCGAAGCACUCUGCCCACAACCGAAAUUCAAACUCAAUGUUUCGCAUGUUCCAAGGAUGGCUUCCUCUGAACCCUCUACCCGAAGGCCAGGGUUCGCUGCGUCUGUGUCCGAUGCUCCAGGCCACCACUGCCUAUGUGCUGCUUCGCCCUCUCUUCUCUCCAAUCAAUUCCUCUCCCACCUCCCCGGAAUUCUUGUCGGCGCACAACUGGACCAUGAAUCCUCCAGGCUCAUCUUCAAUCCCUCCCGCCUCCUCUUAUAGGCAGGAGCUAAGCAACGCCCUUCACCCGCAUCUUCAGCUCUCCAAGACCAUGGCUCGCAUCCCGACUCUCAAUCCCGGAGAUUAUUUUGUCUGGCACUGCGACUCAAUCCACUCAAUUGAGCACACCAAAGGAGCAGGGGGUGAUGCCGCCAUCAUGUACCUCCCAGUCUGCCCGCUGACAGAGUCAAACGCCCUGUAUCUCGCUCGCCAGCGCAAAUCCUUUCUCCUGGGACAGCCCGGACCAGACCUGGCCAACUAUGGAAAAGGAGAGAGCAUCCUCAUGGAUCGCCCGGGAGUCCAGGAGGUCAACGAAGUGGGAGGAGAGAGGGGACUUCGCGCCAUGGGACUAUUGCCCUGGGACGAGGACGACGCGGCCGAUGAUCUGGAGGAGGACCUUUUGGAAACGGUGAACAACAUCUUGUUCCCCGACAGGUAUCAAAAUUAG